AGCCGCUACACCGGGAGAAAAGAGCUCAGUGUACCAGGCAGAGGGGAUGAUGCAUAUCUCCUCUGCUUUCUGACAACAUAAGGGAUUGUCAAAUUGUAUGUUCUCCUUGUCGGACUUUAUAUAGAAGGCUACUAAACAGGACAGUGUCAUUAAAAGAUGAAGCUCUUGUUCGGCGUGUUUGGAGGGGUAAAGAGUCUACAGUUUCUCUGUCGUUGUUUGUGAGAGGAAAGGAGAAGAGGAGGAAAGAGAAGAGGAAGGUUUGACAGACGCACGAGUCGAGAGACGGAGGAGAGGACGGUUAUCCGGGCAGAGAAGAGAUACAGAACAGAUCCCCCUGCUCAGGUUUGAGACAUCAAGGGAGAACGGAAACAGAGAAGAAGAGAAGAUUUUUUUUUUUUAGAGAGACGAAGCAGAGAAGACAGAACAACACAAGAGGAGAGGCUGAGCCAGUAAAGAGGGGCUUUUCAGAAUGAGAAAGGGAUGUAGCCCGGUGGAAGUGUGGAUUUCAACCUCUCCUUCCUUCUUUAUGACUCUUUUGAAAGGGAACGGGACGGAAUAGAAAAUAAUUGACGGCAAGCAUCACUGAAAUCCAGCGGAGAGUGGAUUUAAAGACAGAGAGACAACCUGUGUGUCCGUCCCGUCUCCUCCCUCGUGUCUCCGCUUUUCUCUCUUGUGGAUGUUGACUGAAGUCAUUUUUUCGGAUAUGAAGGAUUUAUCUAGUCUAUGUUAGAAGGAGGGGGCGAAAAAAACGCACGCGUCUCCCCCCUUUCUUUCUCUCCCUCUCUGUCCCUCUCUGUCUCUCCCCCCUCUCCCUCUCUCUCUCCCUCCGUUUUCUGGAUGUGAAGCAGCAUGCGGCCCGGUGAGAGCUUAGAGGGCUCGCGCUUGGCUCGCGGAACAUGUAUCCAUGCUGAUAUUGUCACGGAACGCUGUCUCGCGCACCCCUCCUCGGAUAAGGGGAGGAUGAAGAAGGGGACGACGAACGAGAGGAUGACGGACAGAGGAAUGACAGUGCUGCGCUGUUUUCUGUGGAGUCUCCUUCUCUGCUCGCUCUCCUCACGCGCGCAAGGUUUUAUCUACACAUGUGGAGGUACCUUGAAGGGCAGAAACGGCAGUAUAGAAUCGCCAGGCUUUCCCUAUGGGUACCCCAAUGGGGCAAACUGCACCUGGGUCAUCGUCGGGGAAGAAGAAAGUAGAAUCCAGCUCAUGUUCUUGUCAUUUGCCAUAGAAGAAGAAUAUGACUUUCUGUCCUUGUAUGAUGGACACCCACAUCCUGCCAACUUCAGGACCAGGCUAACAGGCUUCCAGGUUCCUGCCCCUGUCACCAGUACCGGAAAUGUCUUCUCUUUGAGGUUGACCAGCGACUUUGCCGUCUCUGCACACGGCUUCAAACUCAACUAUGAAGAACUCCACAGUUCAUCAUGUGGAAACCCAGGUGUCCCACCCAAAGCAGUGCUGAGUGGUGGCCCCCGAUACGCUGUGGGAGACAGUGUGCGGUAUAGCUGUGUUCCUGGGUAUGUCUUGGACGGGCAUGCCACUCUCACCUGCAUCACCAAUGCUGGAAACACAGCUGUCUGGGACUUUCCUGCUCCGAUUUGUCGAGGUAUGGACGACUAAACCUGUAUGUGUGUAUGUACAAGACUGAAUAUGAAGGGUUUUUUUUCCAAAGGGACACACCAUUAAAAAUCUGCCGUCUGCUUAUUUAAAAAUGAAGGCAAACUAUGAAAAUGAAAUUAAAAGACCUCAAUUUACUUUCUUUUUUAAAUCAAAUGCUCAAUUUUCCAACUAGAAGUUAAUAAAAGGGAAACGCCAAAUAAUACUCCCCAUAAACAAAAUGUGUUGUAUACUGGAAGAAAAACCCUCAUAUAAAGUAUGUGUACUGUUUAUGUGUAAUUGUGAGAGAGGCAGAAAGACAGACAGACCACAUCUGUGUGUAUGAUUGAAUGUGAGUGUGUAAGUAUGUGAAGCACCGUAUCCAGGAGUGCUUGUGACUGUAGUGUGUGCUUUCUCUGAUACUUUACCUUAUAUUCAUUGGUUUAUUUGUAUGUGCGCUUGCGUGCGUGUGUUGGAGCGAAGCAAAUUUGUGAAGCAUACUGUAUGCUUUUGUCUAUUUUUGGGUUUCUG